CGUCCUCCCCACCCCCACCCAAUAUCUACCACUCCGUACCUGGUUCCUCUUCUCCCGGCCUCCCUUCCUCCUCUUCCCUCUAACAUGAUGAUCUGCUUCGACGACAUGUCUCCAGAAAUCAUGGAGUCCAUGUGCACACCCAUGCAUCGUAUCCUCCCCACCAGCUCCCCCGCCUCCGUCGCCGUCCCGUCAAAGCAGAAUUCCCAUCCGCUCGGGAGUCUCUACUUAGGCAGCAUCUCUGCGACGAUGGACAGGGAGCUGCUCUCGUCCCACAAGAUUACCCACCUCGUCCAGGUGCUCGAUGCCCCAUGGGUCCCCAUCACGGAGAAGGACGGCUUCCGCUGUCUCCGUAUCAGCAUCCUCGACGCCCCGACCGCUGACCUCCGCCCGCAUCUCGAGGGUGCAUGCAAUUUCAUCAGCAACGCUCUCCAGGCUGGCUCGAACGUGCUCGUGCAUUGCCAGCAGGGCGUAUCCCGCUCCUCCUCCGUCGUGAUCGCCUACCUGAUCCACAAUCUUGGCAUGUCGUACGAUCAGGCGUUCGCGCUCGUCAAGAAACGCCGCCCGUGCAUCCGCCCCAACACAGGCUUCGUCUCAGUCCUGCGCGCAUGGGAGGGCAAGUGGAGAGCCCAAGUUGCAGCCUCCACCCCGGCAUCGCCUGCGACAGCUGCGCCGCAGAUCAGGCGUUUUAAUACGUCAUACAUGGGCCUGCAUCACCAUUCAAAUUCUCCGCAUUCCAUGGCUUCGCCGUCGGGUAGCAGCUCGCCGGCGGCGCCGUCCUCGACUUCCGGCGCGGGCAAGCAUGUCGGCGGUGCUGGAUCGGCUUCGGCUUCGGCCUCGGCAGCGUCAUCAACAUCAUCGCCUUCUUCGGGCGCGGGUGGGGCUGGUCAUGCUGGCGGGAUUGCUGCACCGUCGAUGGCGCGGGGAGUCAGCUACGCCGGCCAUGGGAAUGCUCCAACGUUCACGCUCAAGGCGCCGCCUGCGUUCCACAUGAAGCACAGGGCUAGUGCGGCGGCUCCCCAUGCUGUGACGCCUGUGCAUGCCUCCUGAUGUGGACAGUUGUGCGACUAUGGACAUAUCGUUUCCUCGUAUAUAUUUAAUUGCUGCUGUGAUAUUUGCUGUUUUCUCCUGCAUUGUCUUGGACACUAUCACCAUAAUCAUCUCACGCAUAUCCCUUCCGCAAGCAUGCAUCGCGCUCCGGACUGUGGAGACAUUCUGAACAGUGAACAGUGAAAAUUCUGAAACCAAAAACAUUUCGUCUCGGUGUCUCAGUACUCAGUGUCCAUUUAGUCAUCUUCCGUUUGCAUCACCUAUCACCUAUCCAUGGGCUACUCUGUACAUAAUACCACCCCGAUCGUCUCAUCUCCUACCUUGCAUCCCCUCCCCUUCUCGGCGCAUUCCCUGCUCGCGCGUUCGCACAUUGUAGACGCGGACACUCAUAUUUGCUUAGGCUGUCGCUGCUGCUGGCAUCGCACCGCACCAUCUGUACUUCGGCUCAUCGCAUUCUGGCAUGUUACAUAUAGUAUUGUACGACUUGUACAAUCACCACCCUAAUGCUUGCUUCUCUCCGUCAUGAUCAAGACUCAAGUACAUACUCAAGCUCAAGAAUCGAGCAGUCGGUGCAUGCAGCAUGCAGUGCGUGACGUGUUCGCGGCCCCGAGAGCACGCUGCCGAUCCCGACCCUGUUGUGCUCCACGGUUUCAAGUUGCCGUCUUCCAUCCUCC